UGAUAGUCAUUAUUGCAUUAACAACACCUUCAUCGAAUGUGUGUCACCCUGUGCAGCAGCCUUCAACCAAGUGCAGUACACAAUUUCUAGUUUAGCAAAACAAACACAAAAAUGUACCUUAACAACAAUUAGAAAUAUCUUUUACGAAAGACAAUUUUCAGAACAGAAAUUACAUUUCCCGUGCUUGCGCUCGUGCGAUGGACAACACACCGGAAUGUUAAAACGCAGCGAGGAAGAAUCACUACAUCAUGAAUCUGCAAUCGCUGUUUCAGGAUUUUAAUCCCAGUAAAUUUGUUGUUCAUUGCUGUUUGUUCACCUUUACCAUAUUGUUCUGUCUCCGUUUGGACGGAUUCAUCGAUUGGCCCUAUUGGGUUGUGUUUGUGCCGCUAUGGGUGUGGAAAUCGAUUGCAACGCUCGGGGCAAUAGUGGGAGCCAUUGUUUGGUGCCGUCACCCACACUACAGAGUCGAAGGUGACUCGUACUCACACUUCAAAGCGAUGCUAAUAUCGCUUUCGUUGCACUUGAUUUUGCUGAUGUUCGAACUGCUGGCUUGCGAUCGGCUCACCUCCGGACGGCAUCUUUGGGUGCUGGUGUUCAUCCCACUGAUAUUCGGUAGCGCAGCAAGCGUUGGAGCCUGCGUUUGGGCCGUCAAACACGAUCGCUCGUUUGAGCUGGAGCUGUUUUGUGCCGUCAAUGCACUGCAAUUCGUGUUCCUGCCACUCAAGCUGGACGGGCUCGUCUCGUGGAGCUGGGAGGUGGUUUUCGUACCGCUCUGGAUAGUGCUGUGUCUCAGCUUGGUGGCUGUUCUGUACAGUAUCAUAUUUAGCGUUAUCCUAUUGCGCACGCCGGAGGUUUCGAUGCAGCAGAAGAAAUCUGCCUUCUACUCUGCCAUCGGCAACUGUGCCACCGUGAUUCCAGUGCUCGUGUUUCAAGUGCUGCUUGCAGACAAACUGGACGAAGACUUGAAUUGGCCAUUCAUUGCCGUGGCGGGACCGCUGCUGCUUGCUCUAUUCACGUUGAUUCUGCUCAGCUUCAAUGCAAAGGGAGGAAACAAAUGGUGGUUCGGCAUACGCAAAAACUUUAGCCAAUUUCUGCUGGGUGUGCUUCCAUGUUUGCAAGAGUACGGAAACAUAUCAUACCACACGGACAGCGGGCAAACUGUGCCACUAGAUAGCGCCAACGUUCAGCUAGACGAUUUCGAAAAGUACGACAAGAAAAGCAAAAAGUCCCUUGCGAAAAAGAACGAUCAUCUAAAGCCGGUCGUGCCAAUCGUUAGUAUAGAGCUGCCGGAUUGAAGGUGGCCGUUCUCGGCCAUGAAGAAGGCCUGCUUGUUAAAGAUAGUACACUAUCAGACCUUCGUCUCGUUUGUUUUUUGUUCGUCGAUUUCAAUAACAAACUAGGCUCAACUAGCAGCAACUUGCACCAACAAAAGGAGGUCGUUUCGCUGUUAUUGAGGUAAUCCAAAUUGUACGGGACUUUAAGUAUUUCAGUAUCGAUAUAACCCUGUAGUGAAAAUGAAAAAAGGUUUGCUAAAAAUUAUUUGCAUAUUUAUCGAUACCAGGAAUGCUUGCAGGGCCUGUAACUUGGUGACGGUACACUAGUAGACAACACAAGGCCUCUUCGUGUUGUCGAAGAGAGACGAUGACAAUAUUUGAACUAGUAGAAACGAUAUCAGAUAGGUAGAGAUAUAGCAGAGCACAGAGGUGGGCAUGUAAAAUGCGCAAAUUUGCCAGUUGAGUAAGGAAUUUUGAGGAUCUAGCGAAUAUUAUGCCAACAUCCUUAGUGUACGUGGGUGAUAGAGGGUCUUAGCUUGGCGUAAAGGAAAACACUUAACUUAACGGACAAACGGAAGGAUGGAUGCACGAUAUCUAUGUUACUAUCGUAGCAACUGCGGUUCUGUUGCAAAUGCCGAUGAAUAGUUUAUAUCGUUAUGCUAUGCAAGAUGUGCAUGGAACAAAUUAUAAAAUUAAAAAAGCUUUCGUUUGUUUAUUA